GGCCCCUGGUUUUCACUCCCUCACGCCAAAACCAACUGUCUUUCUCUUUCAGCUAACCCUAACAUCUCCAUUUCCCUUGUCCCUUUUUAUACCCAUUAAAUUCUCCCCACUCCUUCUCCUUCUUCAACAGAAGAAGAAGAGGCAGCAGAAGAAGAAACAGAGCUGCCAAAUUUCACAUCUCUGUCCUUCGCUCUCCUUUUUCACCACCCAACAGCAACUCAACCUGUACAAACCGUACCUGUUUAUCACUAUUCAUUCCUUCUCUCUCCUCCCCUGUUCCACCUGCUCUGUUUUUCUCGUUUUCUGGGUUCGAAUGGGCCAUUACCCGGAUUGAAAUUUUGCAUUUUGCUGCGGUUUCUGAAACACCCAGAUCGAUUCUUUCUUUUUUUAUCGAGUGGUUUUUCUGGGCGUGUUAGAUUCUGCGAUUUUGGAGUGUGAAUGGGGGUUGAGACGACGUUACCCAAUCGAAAAGACAACAACAAGGUGCUUCAUCCAUCGCCGGAGGAGACGAAUUCGAUCAGCAAGUCCAGGAAGUGCCGGCGACGUCGUCGGAAGAUGUCGCCGGUGCAGAAGCUGUACGAGACGUGCAAGGCUGUGUUUUCCUUGUGCGGCGCCGGGAUUAUUCCCUCCUCCGAAGAUAUCCAGAAGCUAUGCUCUGUUUUGGAUGCUAUGAGACCUGUUGAUGUUGGCCUGACUCGUGAGUUGCCAUACUUUCGACUUGCAACAGCUGGGCGAACCCCGCCAAUCACAUAUUUGCAUCUGUUUGAGUGUGACAAAUUUUCAAUGGGGAUAUUCUGUUUGCCGCCGUCAGGUGUAAUUCCGCUUCAUAAUCACCCGGGAAUGACGGUUUUCAGUAAGCUUCUUUUCGGGACAAUGCAUAUCAAGUCAUAUGAUUGGGUGGUUGAUGCCCCUGAGAAAACACCAACAAUUGAGAAUCAGCAACCGACAAUUGAGAUUCAGCAACCGACAACUGAGAAUCAGAAGUCAACACCUGAGAAUCCUAUUCCUUCCCAAGUUAAUGCAGUUGCACCUCCUGCUACCCGCUUGGCAAAAGUGAAGGUUGAUGCCGACUUUACUGCUCCUUGCGACACUAAAAUCCUUUAUCCAGCUGAUGGAGGCAACAUGCAUUGCUUCACUGCUGUGACAGCAUGUGCGGUGCUUGAUGUGCUUGGUCCCCCAUAUUGUGAUCCCGACGGUCGCCACUGCCAAUACUACCUUGAUAUCCCAUUUUCUCAGUUCUCAGUUGAUGGAGUAUCGGUCCCUGAAGAGGAGAAGGAAGGUUACGCAUGGCUUCAAGAGAUUGAGAAACCAGACGAGCUAGCUGUAGUCGGAGACCUGUAUAGAGGCCCUCAAAUACAGGACAAAUAACAAUACUUCUCCCCUCCAUAGCCAUCUACAUCAUCACCAUUCAAUUUCCUCCUCACAUCCAUCCAUCUACACCACAGACAUUCCAUUUCCCCGAAACCAUGUCGUCGUUGUCAUGUCAGCUGUCAGCUGCUGCCUCAAUUCUGUGCAUCAACAGUAGCCACAGUAGUAGAGUUUCUGUUUGUUUUUCCUGUUUUUCUCUGUAUGUUUUUUUCUUUGUUGUUCGUGGGACAUGAAGCACACUCUGUCUGUGCUUUUUUUAUGAUCAUGUACAUACUCAGAAAGGAAAAAACAACUAAAAGAAGAGAAGUACUAUGUUUCCUGAUGUAGUAGUUCCCCUGAAAUGAAAGUUGGACUUAGUUUAACA